AUGAGAAUGCGGUUUGGAACUUUGUAGACUUGUGUUGGUGUGGACCUGUUGCUUGGCAACCCUGCAGAAUGCCAGGAAGUAAACAGAGUGGGGAGCCGGGAGAACCGUAUAUAUGUCUAUGGGGAGAACCCUACCGGAGAGAAUACCCUCUCCUCUUCUUCUGCCCUCCACUCUUUAUUAUCACCCAUCCGUGAACGCACCGAGACAAUGAAGGCCGCCUGUGUCUUGUCUGCAGUCAUAGAGAAUCAAGUGCGGAGUCUGUGCCUGAGGGACUUUCCCUGUGGCAAAGGGAGCUGGCGCACCAAUGACGCACUCGAGGCAUCGGACAGAGGGAGCGACACAGAGGAACGGGCCAGUCUAAUCGACCUUCUGACCUGCUCGCGGUCGCCCUGGAAGUACGAGGGGUCGUGGAGCCUGCAGGCAGCCGCGCUGAGGGAGCUGUCCGUGCGGAAGCCUGACUGUCUGAGUGACAGCUUUGUGUACACCUUCCUCAGGUCCUUAAGGGUGGUCGGCCAAAAGGUGUCACUCAUAGAUGAAGGGCUGCUGCGUUUCUGCAAACUGGAAGAACUAGUUCUCAGUGUCAACUGUAUUUCUGAGAUCCCCCUGAAACAUUUCCCCAUGACACUUCAGGUGCUAGAGUUGUAUGCCAACGAGAUCUCCAGCCUUAGGGGAGUGAGUGACCACCAUCUGCCCAACCUCAAGCACCUGGGUCUGGGUCGCAAUCCACUGGGCUCCCCUGAAGACCUCCAGUACAUUUCCAGCUCUUUCUGGCCACACUUGGUAUCUCUGGACCUGAGCUGGGCUGGGUUCGAGAGUCUUAGUGCCAUGCUGGAGGCCGUGGCCACCCUGCCGUGCCUGCGCUCGCUUGUCCUGGAGGGAAACCCACUCACGCUGAGCCCCGCCUACCCGGGCCUCUUGCAUGACGGGCUGCCCCGCCUCUUUUACCUGGACGGCACUCGCGUCACUCCUGAAGACCACCAGCGCUCCAAUGGGAUGGCAGCACUCAAAGGACUGCUGUUAGACGAGGCUGUGGUGAAGGUGUCUUUUGAGACCAUUAGAGGUGUUCCUCAGCCUCCCGUCCUUCCGACAAGUGGCUCUGUUGACUUCCCCUUGGUCAGCUACAGCUACCUUGUGACCUAUCAGUUCCUUACAGACCAGAACCAAGGCUCUGUUUUGGCCCAACUGGGCUCGGUGUCGAAGGACCAAGGCUCUGUUUUGGCCCAACUGGGCUCGGUGUCGAAGGACCAAGGCUCUGUUUUGGCCCAACUGGGCUCGGUGUCGAAGGACCAAGGCUCUGUUUUGGCCCAACUGGACUCGGUGUCGAAGGACCAAGAACCUGCCCUCAACAGCCCUCAGGGAACAGCCCUCCAUCAUGGCAUGGCUGCCACAGAGACACCCAUCAGCCAAGAUGCCUUUUUGAUGACAGGGAGUAGAGAUGGAUCAGAGGACUGUUGGCCAGUCAUGAAGUACAGCAGCACUGUGAGCCCGUGGGCCGAGGCCAUGGAGCUGAAUCACUCUGGCACGCACCGGAUCAGAGACCUGUCCAUCCUGAAGAGCUUCCUCCUGCAAGGCUUGUGGAUAAACGUGGAAGAGGAGAAGGUCACAUCCUGGCCAGCAUCCUCCUCUGAGACACCUGGAAACAAAUCAGCAGUGGAGAAAAAGGGAUCAGCAAAAGAGGACAAGAAGAAGAAGAAGAAGAAGGAGUCUGUGUUGGACCUGGUACAGGAGGCACCAGUGUACCGGACUCUGGGCUCGGCCCACGUGGACCUGCAGAACCUGGUCCUGGGUCAGGACAGUGUCUCCGUGCUGUGUGACCUGGGAGUGGUAGAGGCGACCUGGAAGACAGAGCCUCCGCAGGAACAAGGGAAGAAGGGGAAAGAGGAGAAGAGAAAAGAGGAGAAGAAAGGCAAACAGGGAGAUGCCAAAGCUGAACACAAAGGGAAAGGGAAGGCCCAUAAGGAGAGCGACGGCGAGCCUUGUGCGGUGGACCCCGGGCCCUCCCCAGUGCAGCCCCUGACGGUGGACAUCAGUGUCACCUUGGAGAAGUGGACGUCCACCAUGCAGGCCACACGCACACACCAUGACACCACACACACACACACACACACGCACACAACAUGACA